UUCGCGUUUUUACCAUGGAUAAUCCUCGUGGAAGAGGUAGGGGCCGAGGUGGACCUCGAGGCGGUGGCGGCCAACGUGGAGGUCCAGGACCCCGUGGUGCACCACCAUCUGCACCUGGCCGUGGCUUUGGGCGCGGCAGAGGGGGUCCCGCCCCAGUGCAGGUGUUCGCACUGGGCGGAACUGCACAGUUGGACGCUCGGCUCAGUGAUCGUGAGCUGACUGCGCUUGUCUCGAAAUUCAGCAAUCUAUCGACAUCGGUGCCUGAUCGCGUCGUACGUCCCGGAUUCGGGAAACGCGGGACAGCAAUCACGCUCCGCGCGAAUUUCUUUGCGUUGAAGUAUCCGAAGAACUGCGUUCUGUACGAUUACCCGAUUGAAAUCACACCUAGUGUGAAGAAAGAGGAGAAGCGUUUGCGAAAGCGCCUUUUCGACUUGUUUGAAUCGUCGCAGGACGUCGCACCAUAUCUUGGAGGCAUUGCCCAUGACAGGAUGCAACGCCUCAUUGCAAGGGCACUGUUACCAGAGGACUUCACCGUAACGAUUGCCUUUUAUGAGGAAGGCCAAGCCGGACCUCGUCCCGGUGCAAAAGAGUACGUCAUAAGCCUGUUAGAGCCGAGGGAACUUCGGUCAGCAGACCUUGACCGGUACCUUCAAGGAGAUGAUGCACAAUACAACCCAUUGGAUAUCAUUUCAGCUUUCAACCUAAUCACUUCCUCCCAUGCGACGCAUACUGGAGUCUCAGUAGGAAAGAACCGCUAUUUCUUUCCACCCAACUCACUGAAUGAGUCGCCCUUCCAACUCGGAAGCGGUUUGGAAGCUUGGAAAGGCUUCUUCUCGAGCGUCCGUCCGGUCUACAAGAGCCUCAUGGUUAAUGUCAACGUUUGCAUGAGCGCUUUUUACGUUCCGCAUUCACGGCUAAGCGAUGCAAUACUCGAAUUUGCGAGGCAGUCGAGAGGUGCAUCGCCUCAAGAGCUAUAUGGUCGUGUACGCGUCACGACUACACAUUUAGGAUAUCGGAGGAGAUAUAGUAUAAAGGCGUUUGGACCGCAAACUGCAAGGAAGACCGUGUUCCAAUGUGAGGAAUACGGUGGCCAAAUCAGUGUCGAACAGUACUUUCAACGCAAAUACAAAGUAAAGCUGAGCCACGCCGACGACAUGCCAGUCAUCAACAUCGGCAACAAGACGAAAGACGUUUAUGUCCCCGCCGAGGUCUGUGAAAUCGAACCAGGACAAUCCUACAACGGCACACUCUCAGACAGGCAGACGGCAGAAAUGAUAAAGGCUGCUUGCAACUCGCCUCCCGUCAACGCACAGGCAAUUUCUAACCAGGGUCUUAAUGUUCUUGGUUUGCGGCAACGCGCAACACCUAUGACCGGCUUCGGUGUUGAAAUAUCUACUGAGUUUACCGUCGUCCCUGCUCGGGUCCUUACCCCACCGAGGGUCAUGUAUCAGUCGGGCCAGCCGAGCGUUGCGAAUGGCUCGUGGAACAUUCUCGGUGUGCGAUUCUCGAGACCGGCGCAACUCACUCGCAUCGCAAUACUUGUAUUGAACGACGGCGGUCGUGAAGACUUCCAGAGCAAUUCCGAUCCCGAUUUACGUAACGUUGUCACCGGUUUCCUCGCUAAAUGUCGCAAUAGUGGUAUGCAAGUUGACAGUGCUCUUCCUCCGUUGCUUUUCCUUCGACUCCCGAGACUAAACUUUCAGCGGGAUCGCUUCCGUACCGAAGCAAUUGCACAAAUCGAGAGCUCCAUCAAGUCCCUUCCCAGUAAACCAAACAUGAUUCUUGUAUUCAUGACAGGCAAGGAUCCUGAUAUCUACCCCGGACUGAAGAAACUAUGCGACAUGAAACUCGGCAUUCCAACACUAUGCAUGAUCAUGUCGAAAGUACGUAAGGAGCGCGGCCAAGACCAGUACUUCUCCAACAUUGCACUCAAAGUGAAUGCAAAACUCGGCGGCAUCAACCAUCAGAUCCACCCAGAUUCUCUCAAGUGGUUGAAGAACACAAUGCUCGUCGGAAUGGACGUGACACAUCCUGGGAUCGGUUGUGUAAAAGGAACACCCUCGAUUGCUGCAGUCGUCGCAUCGUGCGACACUAAUUUCAUGCAUUAUCCAGUCAGCUUGCGUCUGCAGGAACACCGGAAAGAGAUGAUUACCGAUGUUAAGGAUAUGAUGAUCGAACGAUUAGCGGAAUACAACAAACGUAUGAAGGCUUACCCGGAGCGCGUCAUCGUUUUCCGUGACGGUGUCUCCGAAGGCCAGUUUGACCAAGUGCUCCUCAAAGAACUACCCGAGAUAAAGAAGGCCUUCAAGUCCUUCAAGAACUAUAAUCCGAAGCUAACUAUCUCAAUUUGCGGAAAACGUCAUCAUACUCGCUUCUAUCCAACUAAGCCAGAGGACGCCGAUAGGACGUCAAACACCAAAGCCGGGACAGUCGUUGACAAAGGCGUUACAGCGGUAUACGAUUUUGAUUUCUAUUUGCAGGCACACGCUGGACUCCAGGGCACGGUUCGUGCAACGCAUUACACAGUCGUCUACGACGAGAACAAGUUCCCAGCAGACGAUCUCCAGCAAGGUGCAAACGAUGUCAGUUACUUGUGGGCUAGAGCGACGAAGAGCGUGAGUUUGAUUCCACCAGCGUACUGGGCGGAUCGCGCUUGCGAGCGCGGAAAACACUACUUGCACGGUAUUCUUCCUCCGCCGAAAAAUAGUCCGGAGAGCAGGAUGGAUGAGCAGCAGAUAUCUAGGAAGGCGCAGGAAAUGUGGGGGAACGGUAUCCACGAGAAUCUGAAAGGCACAAUGUUCUACCUAUAACUGACAUGAUUUGUACCAAUAUGUUUGGAGGGAUCUGUAUUCUUACACGCAUUUGUUCUUCCUGUCUUGAUGUUGUGCGUGUCAUGAUUAGAAUUUAGCC